AUGUCGAAAUACGAGGCGUCUUUAACCAAACUGCAAGGACCGGACGAUGCACGGCCAACAGCCGCCCACGAUGUCAAGGAUGAAGACCGCGUCGGCAGAAUAAAGUAUAAGGUGUGUUUGUAUUGGCGUCGAGACCUCCCGCGCCCUUGCCGCAACGGGAAGACGUGGCUAGGUAGCAGAGCAUCGAGCAGGGCACUACCACUGCUCGCUAUGGCCGGCUUCGGAAGGCAUCAGGAAAGUAUCAGAGGCGACUACCUUGAGGAGUGCCGGCUGGCAAGUGCCGCGGACGAGGACGUCAUUGAGCCGACAUCCGGAGUCAAGGGUUUUGCCUUCAACCAGGGCAAGGAUGUACAACGUGAUGCCUUCCUUGAGUACAGCGCUCGGUAUGAGUUCCUGCGCAUCUAA